AUGUUACACUGGGAGCAACCCUUGAUUGAACAUCAGAAGUUACACAAUGAACUGUAUGGCCGGUAUAUCGACGAUGUGUUCAUGACGAGCAAUCUACCGUUGGAUCAAAUCAAUCUGUUACUCGAUGUAGCGAACAAUCGAGAUGAGAAUAUUCGAAUUGUUCGCUCAAUCGGCUUGACUGCCGAUUUUCUCGAUACUACCGUCGAAAACAAUAGAGGACAAUUGAGAACGACUGUUUAUCACAAGCCUGCGGCAGAACCUUACAUUGUACCAUUUUUAUCAGAUCAUCCACGUCACGUUCAUCGCAAUAUCAUUAAAGGCGCUUUACUCCGUGCUGCACGUCUGUGUUCAGCUGUCGAUGAUUUCGAUCAGGAACGGCUCGACAUUGAACUAAUGUUGCUAUUGAACGGUUUUCCACGGAAAUUCGUCUCCUACAAUUUCAAACGAUUCUUUGAGCAGAACAACGCUCUCUUACUGAUGGAGCGGCCAGAUAAUGGCCCAUACACAGAUCUACAUCAAAAACUGAUCAGGCAACUAACUCGACGAGAAAGAGACCGGGAAAUGAAGAUCGUUGAACACGAACGGCUUCAGUCGCAGUCAACCCCCCAAAGAGUCGAUUGGAAUACGAAGCAGAUUCGUACGAGAGUAGUUUGGUUGGUCCUAUCUCAGGAUUUGAUAACAGUAUUUUCAGGAACCGUGGCAGCGAACCGAUGUACUUGGUCUUCAUGCGACACGCAAAGUUUGAUCAAGAAGGAGAGUGACCAGCCUUUGCCUAGCGAUGUCGAAGAGGAAGAACGUACUUUUCAUGUAUAUUUUGCCAAGGAAGUGUCAGCUGUGCUGCGGAAAUUGAGUGCACGGUUUCCAUACCGUCAUGUGAUUCAAUGGUCGAUGCAUGUCGGAGAUCAACAUCAACAUGAUCUGAACAUCGAAGUCAGAGCAUCAUCUUCAAUAGAUAAAAAUUGA